AUGGCAUCGACAACCCAGAGUGUUCAAUGCUUCGGCAAGAAGAAGACAGCUACGGCCGUCGCACACUGCAAGGCUGGUAAGGGUCUUGUCAAGGUCAACGGAAAGCCUCUCAACCUCGUCCAACCCGAGAUCUUGCGAUUCAAGGUCUACGAGCCCCUCCUGAUUGUCGGUCUCGACAAGUUCGCCGGCGUCGAUAUCCGCGUCCGAGUCACCGGUGGUGGUCACACAUCCCAAAUCUACGCCAUCCGUCAAGCCAUCGCCAAGUCAAUCGUCGCAUACUACCAAAAGUUUGUCGAUGAGCACAGCAAGAACACCCUGAAGCAGGCACUUGUUCAGUACGACCGAACAUUGUUGGUUGCCGACAACAGACGAUGCGAGCCUAAGAAGUUUGGAGGUCCCGGUGCAAGAGCCAGAUACCAAAAAUCGUACCGUUAGGAUGGAUAUGCUUG